AUGUCAGACAUCGAAGAAGAACAAUAUGUUGAGCUCCCGAUUGUCAACUUCCCACCUUUCAAACUACGGUCAUCCAUGGUUGAUAAAGAUCCAGUAAUUUGGGUUCAUUUAAUUGAAGUUUAUAUAAAUUAUAUUCAAACUAUUUUACAAUUAAAAGUUCAAAUAUCUCCAAAAUCUGAACAACAAUUAUGCCUAUUUGUGAAAAGUUAUUUACAUGAAAUUGCUGAAGAACAAGGUCAAAUCUUAUCAUUGGGAUUGAUUAAUGUUCAAAUUACACAAAAUUUAGAUAUAUUAAGAAGUUGGAUAUUAGAAUUGAUUAAACAAUAUGGUGUAUUAAAUUUAAAAUUAAAUGGUGGUGCUCUUUGGGAUUUUGCUAAAAUUUAUUCAUUGAAAAACACUUCCACAGUACGAGGUAUUAUUGAUGGUACAUUAAAACCAAAAGAUAAAAAAUCUAUAAAUUCAAUUUCUUUAGUUCAUAAACAUAUUGAUUCCAUUAUAAGUAAUGGGAAAUUUGAUAAGAUAGAUUUACAAACUUUGGCAACAUUACUAGAGAAUAAAAGCAAAUCCUCACCUUCAUCAUCAUCAUCAUCACAAAAAGCACCUAAAAAACCACAAAAUAAAAUUGCUAAAGCUAAAAAAACUGCAUCAUUUUCCGAAACUUUUGUUACUGUUCCAUUCAUUGAAAAUUUGGAAAAAUUAUAUGCAAAUGAGGAAGGUAGAUUUGCGAAAACUGCUAAAGAUAUUGCAGUAUUAUCAUUAAUUUCAAUACCAAUUUCUAAAGUUGCAAGUAUAGGUACUGAAUUAGGUGUUAAUACAUUACAAUCAUUAUCAUUAUAUCCAUUAUUUGGUGGUAUUAUUGCAUCAUCAAGUUUCCAUCUUUUAAACCCAGGUAUUGAACAAAGAUUCCCAUUUUUAAUUAAAAAACCUAAACCGGAUGUUAAAGAAGAUGAUAUAAAUACUUUAAUUGAUUUAUUCCCUGAUUUAACUAUAUCUCAUACUGAAAAAUUAUUGAAAAAAUAUAAAAAUAAUGUUGAAGAAGUUACGAAUUUGUUAUUAGAGCAUCCAGAAGCUGCUAUUGAAAAAGAAGAAGAAAUUACACGUCAUACAAUGGGUGGUUCAAAUCUUGAAAAGGAUAAAGUUAUGGGUAAAAAAGUUCUUGGUAAAAAAUCAUCAAAUACAUAUCAUGUUCCUGAUGAACACAAAAAUCGUACAUUGACAGCAGCUUUGAAAUUAAUGUAUGAAUCUGAUGAAGAUGAACAUGAUGAUACUUAUGAUGAAGCUGAAGCUGUUCAAAAUGAUGGAGAAAAAUCAAAAUAUGAUAAGAUUGAAAAAACAUUAUGGGAAAUCUUCAAGAAAGAUCCAUCAGUUUUCGAAAAAUCUAAUAGAAAGUCAAGAUCUAAACAAGAAUUAGUCAAAGAAACAGGUUGGUCUCAUGAACAAAUUGAAGGUUGGGCUCGGAUGUUACAAAAACAACCUAAACGUGUCAAGAUUUUGGAAAGUAAGUAUAUGUUUAGAGGUAAUAAACCUCAAAGAAGUUUUAGAUCUGAACAAGAUGAAGAAAUUGAAGAAGAACGUAGAGGUCCAUCAACAAACAAUAAACAAUCACAAAAAAAACCUCCUCAACAACAAGCUCAAGGAAAUAAUUCAAAUCCACAAAAUGUUAAGAAACAACAAGCAAGAAAUGAAAAAAAUAAAUCAUCAAGAGCUAAUCAUAAUAGAAAAUCUGGUCAUGAUAAAAAAAUGGCUAAAGGUAUGUAA